AUGAUGCAGAUGCGAUAUCCGGUUAAUGGCUUCUUUAACGGCCGAAAGACAACCUCCCCUUCCUCCUCUGCCCUUUUCUCGUCGUCUUCGUCUUCGUCUUCUCCUUCUGCUCUGCGGAGAGGAAGAAGAACGUAUGCGAGCAAAGCAAAUAAGACGACUAAUCCGAAGAAAAUUAUUCUUUCCCAAGAAGCUCGAGAACAAACGCACUUGCAAAGACUGCAUUUGAAAGACUUCGCGUUGGUCUCGCAACAGACCAUCCAUUUUUCGCCGGGAUUGAACGUCAUUACCGGUAAGUCAGGGUCUGGGAAAUCGGUUUUGUUAUCCGCGAUCGAUCAAAUUACCGGCGCGGCUGGCCGAGAAGAUUCGAUUCGAGUCCCGGCGAAGACGGCGAAAAUAGCCGCGACGUUUUACUGCGCGGAAGAUACGGUGCGGAAACUUCGUCGGUGUUUGUUAGAGAACGGGAUGGAUGUCGAAUCUUUGUUGAACCGAGAAGGCGCGCAAACGGUGGACUUGUAUCGCGAGUUACAAAGCACCGCGAAUAACAGGUUGCGAUCGUUGUGCAAGAUUCAAAACAAGGCGAUUCCGGUGAAAGUGUUGCGUCAAAUCGGAAACAUUUUGAUUGAUUUCAACGGCCAAAACGCGAGUUUAGCGUUAGCAAAUGAAAGAGCGCAGUUGGAUGAACUCGAUAGUUGGGCGAACGUGAAGCAAUACGGAGAUGCGUUUGAAAUUGCCAUGCAAAAUGUUCGAAUAGCUACCAAAUUAGUCGAGGCGAACGUCGAGUUAACCGAGGAGGAGAAGGAGGAAAUCGAGGCGAUUUUGGACGCGUUUUACAAAGUCGAUCCGGUUCCGGGCGAAGAUGCAAAGUUAAAGCUCGAAUUGAGACAGAUGGAAAGUCAGAGAUCGAACUGGGAGACGUGCGCGUCGGCGUUGAAUUCGUUAUCGAACCACGAGUCUGGAUCCAAAGCGUCCUUGAAGGAAGCGCUGUACGAAUCGAGAAGCGUGCUCUCUCAGGCGGAAAGGAGAGCCGACCAAAAAAAGCCCGUUGGCGAGAACGACGACAACGGCGAAGAAGCCGGUGGGGAGGAGGAGGAGGGCAAGGAUGAAAAUAGUGAGGAUAUUGAGGCGUUGUCCGAGGCGAUUGAGUUACUCCACGAGGCGGAAAACGCCACGGACAGAGCCGAAGACAUGUUACAAAGAUACAUGGAAUCCUUAAAUUCGCGACCGGAGCGAAGAGAAGAAAUUCAAGAACGACUGCGCGAUCUCGACAAGCUCGGCAAAAUGAUGGGUAAAGGCAUUCGCACGGCCACCUCAAUGUGUGAGAUUGCGGAUGAAUUGCGAGACAAGUUGGACGCCGCGGCCACUUCCGAGGACGAAAAAGAAGAAAACGAAGAAAAAUUACGUUCGGCGAGAGCGAAAGCGGCUAGCUUAGCUUUAGAUUUAGCCGUUGCGAGACGCGACGCCGGUUCGAGUUUACGCACAAACGUUACGGCUGCGAUGGAAUCUUUGGAAAUGCAAGGCAGUAGAUUCGACGUCACGUUGUCUUGGACGCCUUCUUCGUCCUCCUGGCGAGGAGAACGCGGCGAUGAUGAGGACGAUGAAGAAUCCGAGGAUAACGUUAGCCACAUAGAAUCGACGGAUUCCGGAGACGAAAUAAUUGAUUUGGAAAAAACGUCGAUUUUAAAAGCGAACGAGUUACAAGUCCCGGGAUGUGGGGAAAUCGGCGAAGACGAAACCGCGGCUUACGUGGUCCGUCCCCGCGGUCUCGAUCGCGCGACGUUCCUCUUAGCCCCAGGUGCCUCGGAACCGUUACGUCCGAUGAGUUCCAUAGCCAGCGGCGGCGAAAAAGCGAGAUUGAUGCUCGCCAUGAAAAUGGCUCCCGCCAUGGGCGAACGAAACGUCCGCAAGAACGAAACAUCCGAAUCUCCAACCAUCUCCGUCUUUGACGAAGUCGACACCGGCGUCGGCGGGCGCGUCGGCACCAAAAUUGGCGCCGCGCUCAAAAAACUCGCCCUCGACGGUUCCCAACAAGUCUUAUGCGUCACCCAUCUCCCUCAAGUCGCCGCGUUUGGCGAAACUCACGUCCGCGUCCGCAAGGAAGAAGACGAUAAAGACGGUCGCCAAACCAUCGCGUUCGACGCCAUCGAAACCGAAAUCCGCUUGGAAGAAAUCGCGGACAUGUUAGGCAUCGGCAACGAACAAGGCUUGGAGAACGCCAAGAGGUUGUUGCAAGAUGCCACGCAUUAA